GUGGGUCCAUGUGUAGUGGAGAGCCGGGAAUUUGGAAGCGUACGGUUUGGAUCCUAGGACCCGAGGACAGGUUGGUCCCGAUUCACAAACAGAGCUGCUGUGACCCCGAGGACUUUUGAAGGCGCGGCUGCAUCUCACCCCACCCAAGCUGCGCCCAAUGGAGUCUACGUUCAGCAGCCCCGCAGAGGCAGCCCUGCAACGGGAGUCGGGCGUUCCAGGACAGUUUACUCCUCUUGAAGACCUGGACCGAGUGUAUGAGCUGGAGCGAGUCACGAAAUUUGUCUGCGAUUUAGAAUGUCAGCGGGUGGCCUUGCAGUUCCCUGACCAGUUACUAGGAGAUGCUGGAGCGGUGGCUGCCCGGCUGGAAGAAGUCACAGGAUCUAAGAUGUUCAUUUUAGGGGACACAGCUUAUGGCAGCUGCUGUGUGGAUGUGCUGGGCGCUGAGCAGGCUGGAGCUCAAGCCCUUGUACACUUUGGUCCUGCCUGCUUAAGCCCUCCAGCCUCGCAGCUGCCCAUCACCUUUGUCCUUGGGCAGCGUCCUGUUGCUUUAGAGCUCUGUGCAAAGGCCUUUGAAGCCCAGAACCCAGAUCCCACAGCACCGGUGGUACUGCUGAGCGAGCCAGCUUGUGCCCACGCCCUAGAGCCUUUGGCCACUCUCCUGCGCCCAAAGUACCAAGAUCUGCUCAUCGCCAGCCCAGCUCUUCCCCUGCCAGUGGGAUCCCGGAGCUCACAGCCUGAGUCCCUGGAGCGUUUUGGGCGCUGCUUCCCCCUGAGCCCAGGGAGACGUCUGGAAGAAUAUGGUGCCUUCUAUGUAGGGGCUUCUCAAGCAAGCUCGAACUCCAACCUUGAUCCGGACCUGAGCAGACUGCUCUUGGGGUGGACACCAGGACUGCCCUUCUUUUCCUGUUGUCCAGACACGGGACAGACACAAGACCAGGGUGCCCAGGCUGGGAGACUAAGAGCACGAAGACUGUAUCUUGUAGAGAGGGCCAGAGAUGCCCGUGUGGUAGGGCUGCUGGCAGGCACAUUAGGUGUGGCUCGACACCGUGAGGCACUGGCACACUUGCGGAAACUGACAGAAGCUGCUGGAAAACGUAGCUAUGUGUUAGCUGUGGGGAAGCCCACACCCGCCAAGCUUGCCAACUUCCCUGAGAUGGACGUCUUUGUGCUGUUAGCCUGUCCCCUGGGAGCACUAGCCCCCCCGCCUUCGGGUGGCUUCUUUCGGCCCGUAGUGACGCCAUGUGAAUUGGAGGCCGCCUGUAACCCUGCCUGGCCCCCGCCGGGCCUGGCUCCCCACCUCACACAUUACGCAGAGCUGUUGCCUGGUUCUCCCUUCCAUGUGCCGCUCCCUCCACCUGAGUCAGAGUUGUGGGACGCCCCAGAUGUGUCACUCAUUUCUGGGGAGCUCCGACCACCACCUCCUUGGAAGUCAUCAGAUGACACUAGAUGUUGUGCCCUAACUCCAAGGCCCCAGCUGGAGCUGGCAGAGAGCAGCCCUGCAGCUUCAUUCCUUAGUUCCCGGAGCUGGCAGGGUCUGGAGCCCCGCUUGGGCCAAACACCAGUGAAAGAAGCCGUCAGAGGGAGACGAGGUGUCGCCAUUGCCUACGAGGAUGAGGGGAGCAGCUGACACCUUGGGAGGCCAGAGCCAGAGAGUGAUAAGUCUGCGGGACCUGUUCUCCCUGACCAACUUCUCAUCCUGUUGCAGGGACACUUGAUGCCUAGACACAGGGAGUGUAGGUAGCUCUUCUCUG